AUGGACUUCUCACGUCAUAGUUUGGAUGCAAAGCUCCCUAUUCAUCUCCCUCCUUAUCAUCCUCCUUCACGCCUUCCAGCUGCGCUUGCCAAUCUUCCCGCUGAACUCCUUCUUGAGAUCGGGCAACAUCUGGACGUCCCAUCUUUAAGCCGCCUAUCUCGCUCCUCUCGGAAGUUCUAUCACCAGCUUGACUCAGAGGUCACCAAGAGAGCCUCCGAUCAUGCUCUGGCGCCCCGAGUCAUGUAUGAAACAAACUUCAACUUCAGUGAGGGCCAGCAACAUGGUGUCGACAUACCCACUCUCCGCCCCCGCUGGAGCCUAGGAUCCCUUGAAGAACGAUUCGGCCACCGUCGAAGAACCUCGGCCCCGGAUUACUGCCCCUGGGUAUUAGAGCGUUUUGGUCGAGUCGUCCACCAGGGCAAGAGAGACGCCGUUCAAAAUCUCCUCGACCGAGGCCUCAGCCCAGAUGCGUAUCUCGUCUGUGGCGCGCGGAUGCUCAGUAUCGCAGUGGAGCAAGGCCACAUGGAGGUUGCCAAAUUGCUGCUGGAACGAGGCGCUCGUGCCUGUCUUCCAGACCCCGGCCGCUAUACUUCUCCACUUGACCGUGCCGCUCAAAAGGGGGAUAUCGAAAUGGUGCAGCUGUUGAUCUCCGCUGAUCCAGCAGUCAACUCUUGCAUCUGCCUUCACCGCGUCAUCUUCUACCGCAGAGACGUCGCCGAAGUCCUCACCCCGCUGAUUGAUCGUGCCACCUUCAACCAUGUCGAAGGGGUGGCCCGAACGGCUUUACACCAGGCCAUGCUGGACGGUCACUCGGGCACGGCGAUGCAUCUCAUCGGUCUCCCCGGCAUCGAUCUGAAUGCACAAGAUGCAGACGGCUGGGCUCCGCUUCACUUUGCCCUCCACCGGCCCUUGCUGGUGCAAGCCUUACUUGAGGCAGGCGCCGCAAUCAACGUCACCUUACCCGGUGGAGGUGACAAUGUCCUGCACGUGGCACUGAGCAGUGCACUCCCGGAAGAUCCUGUCGGGCUCGGUCAGAUCCAGAUGGUCCCACUACGAGUGGUCACCAAUGACCUGCUGGCCGUCGUCUUGCUUCUCCUUCGUCAUGGUGCAGAAGUCAACGGCGUAUCGGCCAGAGGCACCCCGAUGCACUGUGCAGUUCGAUUGAAGAGCCUGACCCUAGCCAACAUGCUCUUGACCGAAAGCCCAACUCCAGUGGACUUGACGAUUCAAGACCAGAACGGGCAUGACGCAGUCGAACUCGCCGCUGCUCGGGGGCUCCUCAUGAUCGCCCAUGUGCUGAGACAAGCAUCGCUGGGUCAGGAUCCGGAUCUGGGCAUUGUAAGCGGCGCUUCAAGACGGCGUCGCUCCUGGCAAGCCGGGUAG